AUGUCUUCCCAUCUCAUACCUCUCCUGUGUCUAGGAUUCUGCUUGGACCACAGGACCUUCACACACGUGGGUGAAUGUUCCGGAUCUUUCACCCAGAAUCGCUCUCUGUGGUCAGCUCUCAGUGACCCCCUGGAGAUCGUGGUCACAGGUGUGUUUAGAAAACCCUCCAUCUCAGCACACCCAAGCUCCCUAGUGCAUGCGGGAGGCAGUGUGACCCUGCGCUGCCACUCAGAACUGCAGUUCGAUAAAUUUAUCCUUCACAAGAAGGGGACCACACAGCAUUCCCAGCUGCGUGCCGAGAGCAUCCGUGUUGGGCUCCCCUCCAUCCAGGCUGACUUCUCCGUGGGGAAUAUGACGCCCACCCAUGCAGGGACCUACACAUGCUACGGUUCUCUCAGUCACUCCCCCUGUGAGUGGUCAGCUCCCAGUGACCCCCUGGAUGUUGUGAUCACAGGACAGUAUGAAAAACCUUCUCUCUCCACCCAGGUGGGCCCCAUGGUGGGCUUAGGAGAGAUUGUGAACUUGUCCUGCAGCUCCAAGAGUCAGUUUGACACAUACCAUCUGUCCAGAGAGGGGGAGGACCAUGACCAAUGGCUCAGUGGACGGCAGAGCCACAAUGGAACAUUCCAGGUCCACGUUCCUCUGGGCCCUGCAACCCCUUCCCAUGGAGGGACCUAUAGAUGCUACGGCUACUUCCAUUACUCCCCCCAUAAGUGGUCAUCCCCAAGUGACCCCCUGCACCUUUCUGUCUCAGGAACCCCUAAGAGUAGUUGCCCAUCACCCACAGAAUCAACCUCUGAAUCUGCCCUCGGACCUCAGACUGGUCAAUUCCACAAACCGGACAUUCUCAUUGGACUCUCAGGAGUCAUCAUCUCCAUUGGCAUUUUGCUCUCUGUUCUUAUUGGUUACUGGUGUUCUAUCAAAAAUUACCCUGCCAUCAUGGACACAGAGCCCACAAAAGUCCAAAUUAUGGAGAGAAAGGACUCUGCAGCAAAAGAAACCCAGGAGAUAGUAUAUGCUCAGUUAAACCA